AUGGUGAACGCAGUUCACUCAGCCUCUCUUGCCCUGCUGAUAUCGUUUGCUUUUGGUGUUGGAAAUGCCAUUCGAACUUUGAAAGAUGGGCCUAUGAUCGAUGCUGAAGGAAGGGAAUAUAAAACCGGCAAUUUCAGAAUUGAGGCGGAAGACAGCGGGCCACAACCUGAUGAUGGAGCCACAGUCCGUGUACAAUGCACAGACGCCUCCAUGAUCAUUUUGGUAAAGGCUGACCUGUAUAAAAAUGGACGUCUUGUGUCUCCAGAGGAGCUUUUUUUAGGAGAACCAGAGCAUUCACACAAAAGUCAGUGCCGAGCUGUUGCUACUGGUGAUGCUGAAUAUCGCAUUGAAGCUCGUCUGCAAGACUGUGGCUCCAAAUUAACUAUAUAUGAUGACUACGUGACUUACUCCAAUGAGCUGAUGAUAUCACCAUCUGCUGGUUACCUUGGCAUUACAAGAAGGUCAUAUGCUGCAGUUCCUGUUUCCUGUUACUAUAAAAGGACCCAGAUUGUGAGCAGUAUUAAUCAACUGCCACAACUGGCCUCCACUCCUGCAGAGGUUUCACCUGCUGCGUUCUCUCUAAAGCUGAUGACUGCUGACUGGACGAGUGAGACGUUCUCACCGGUCUUCUACAUUGGAGAACUCCUGCACCUCGAGGCAUCUUACACUGGUCCUGAGUCAGGACCAGAACAGCUCUUCAUUGACAGCUGUGUCGCCACUCUGUCACCUGACACAAUGUCAGUUCCCAGAUACUACUUCAUUGAAAACCAUGGAUGCCUCACUGAUGCUAAAGAGUAUAAAUCCAAUGCACUAUUCCAACGAAGAAAGAGUGCUUCGUCGCUUCAAUUGCAGCUCGACGCUUUCUUGUUCCACCAGGAUUCAAGGAACUCGAUAUUUAUAACUUGCCAGCUGAAAGUAACCUCUGCAAUGUGGAAGAACAGCCCCACCAACAAGGCCUGCAAUUAUGUCAAUUCAAGAUGGAUAAAUGUGGAUGCCAGUGAUGUGUGUCAAUGUUGUGACAGUAUCUGCUACAAAAGUACUCCAGACUAUUACACAAAUCUGAGACGUCUGAUCCCUGAAGAUAUCGUGGCAUGUAGAAGUGUAACACUUGGUCCUUUGAUGGUUUUCCCCAGCAAGUAG